AUGAAGGAAACGGUUUGUUUGUUUACGUCGCGUUAUCGUGUUGCGGGGCGAAAGCGAGUGGUGCCGGUGAUAUUCGAAAGAGUAAAGCGGUGUAAGUUGGGAACCGGAUGGGCGUUGCGGUGGUUGACUUUCAAAAUGGAUACUGAUAUGUAUAUGCGUGGCCGUUUGACAGUGUGGAGACCUUUAGGGAAGGCUGGAGAAGUGAAUGCUAUCGUUGCAGUAUGGCUUCUCUUUCACUCAACACUCGGGCAAAGCGAAGCCACCUGCUACCCAAAUACUAGUUUGGUCCUAAUAAACUGUACUUCAGACGCACCGUAUGCUGUUAGUGACGUGCAGUAA